UUGGACUCUAGGCGCCGCUAUUGACCAAUCAAGGAAUGGGAGGACAAAGCUAUUGAGUCCUCCCGAACCUCCACCACACAAAGCUGAAAGGGAUGGAUACUCACGCGUCUUAAUUCUGGAAAUAAGAACACCUUCGUUCGCUUCGGGAUAUAUUUUGGAUGCAGACAUCCUGGAACCUCGUAGACACAAAAGGUGAUUCAGAAAAAAAUAAAUAAACCUGCACAAGACCCCACGGAAGAGAGCUCACACCCGGCCAUGGCGAAUCAGCCUCAGAGACCGGACCGCAGCGCGCUGGUCCCGCUGUGCAUUUUCCUGGGGACCUUGUUGACGUUUGGGGCAGGGCAGAUGCGCUACUCGGUGCCAGAAGAGACAGAUAAAGGCUUCUUCGUGGGCAACAUCUCCAAAGACCUGGGGCUGGAGCCCUGGGAGGUUGCGGAACGCGGAGUCCGCAUCGUCUCCAGAGGCAAAACGCAGUUUUUCGCUCUGAAUCCGCGAGGUGGCAGCUUGGUCACCGCAGGUAGGAUCGACCGUGAAGAGUUGUGUGAUACAUUGCCCUCCUGCUUGCUAAAUUUGGAGAUUCUCGUGGAGGACACCCUGAAAAUUUACGGAGUGGAGGUGGAAAUAACGGACAUUAACGAUAACGCCCCUAGCUUCCGGGAAGAGGAGGUGGAGAUCAAAGUCAGCGAGCAGGCUAGUCCUGGAUCGCGAUUUCCUCUUCCUAACGCUAGGGAUCCAGAUGCGGGGAUGAACUCCCUCCAGCGCUACCAGCUCAGCCCUAGUAGCUACUUUUCCUUGCAGGUGAGAGGCGGAACCGAUGGGGACAAGAACCCAGAGCUCGUGCUGGAGGAAGGCCUGGAUCGGGAGAAAGAGGCAUCUCACCAUCUUCUCCUCACAGCCUUAGAUGGGGGAGAUCCCAUCCGCAAGGGCACGGUUCCCGUUCGUGUGGUUGUCCUCGACGUAAAUGACCACACCCCAAAGUUCACACAGUCUGUGUACAGAGUGAGUGUUCCCGAAAGCCUCAGCUCUGGAACUCGGGUGCUCGUGGUAAACGCCACAGACCCAGACGAGGGUAUCAAUGGGGAAGUGAGGUACUCGUUCCGGAAAGUGAAAAGCAAAGCUUCUGAAAUCUUUCAGUUGAAUCCUCAAACUGGAGAAGUUCUAGUCGGAAAGCCUCUGGAUUUUGAAAAGUACAGAUUCUACGAGAUGGAAGUUCAAGGCCAAGAUGGUGGAGGCCUCUUGAGCACUGCCAAGUUGCUGAUCACAGUUGUGGAUGUGAAUGAUAACACUCCAGAGAUAACUGUCACCUCGUCCAUUAACUCCGUGAUGGAAAAUUCUCCUUCAGGUACAGUGAUUGCUCUUUUAAACGUUCAAGAUCAAGAUUCUGGAGAAAACGGUCAGGUCACUUGCUUCAUUUCUAGUGGUCUUCCUUUUAAGUUAGAAAAGACUUACGGAAAUUACUAUAAAUUGAUAACAAAUAGUGAACUGGAUCGAGAGCAGGUGGAGAGCUACAAUAUUACGUUAAUCGCCAAAGAUCAGGGAAGUCCACCCUUGUCUACAGAAACUCACCUUCUGCUGAAAGUGGCAGAUGCCAACGACAACCCUCCAGUUUUCACUCACCCCUCUUACUCUGCCUACAUUCCUGAAAACAACCCCAGAGGCUCUUCCAUCUUCUCAGUGACCGCAGUUGAUAGGGACAGCAGAGAAAAUGCCCAGGUCACUUACUCUCUGGCUGAGGACACAAUCCAGGGAUCACCUCUAUCCUCUUAUGUUUCUAUCAACGCAGACACCGGUGUGCUGUAUGCCCUGCAAUCCUUCGACUAUGAGCAGUUCCAAACCCUACAACUGGGAGUGACUGCUAGUGACAGUGGGGACCCACCAUUAAGCAGCAAUAUUUCGCUGACCCUGUACGUGCUGGACCAGAACGACAAUACUCCAGAGAUCCUGUACCCCUCUCUCCCUACUGAUGGCUCCACUGGGGUUGAAUUGGCGCCCCGCUCUGCAGAGCCGGGUUAUUUAGUGACCAAGGUGGUGGCAGUGGACAGAGACUCGGGGCAGAACGCCUGGCUGUCCUAUCGCCUGCUCAAAGCCAGCGAGCCAGGGCUCUUCUCCGUGGGGCUGCACACAGGCGAGGUUCGCACUGCCCGCAUCUUAAUGGACAAAGACGCUCUCAAGCAGAGCCUUGUGGUAACUGUACAGGAUCACGGCCAGCCUCCCCUCUCCGCCACUGUCAGACUUACUGUGGCCGUGGCUGACAGCAUCCCAGAGGUUCUGGAGAAUUUGGUUAGUCUGGAGACUCCCGCCAAUCCUGACGAGUCAGGCCUCACCCUCUACCUAGUGGUAGCGAUCACUGCAGUCUCUUGCAUCUUCCUCAUCUUUGUCAUGGUACUACUGGCUCUCAGGCUUCGGCGCUGGCACUCCUCUCAUCUGCUCCAGGCUACCAGCGGAUUGGCUGGCAUGCCUCCUUCGCAUUUUGUGGGCGUGGACGGGGUGCGAGCUUUUCUCCAGACCUAUUCCCACGAGGUUUCGCUCACUGCAGACUCGAGGAAGAGUCACCUGAUCUUUCCGCAGCCCAACUAUGCAGACACGCUCAUCAGCCAGGAGAGCUGUGGGAAAAGCGAACCUCUCUUGAUAGCUGAAGACUCAGCUACCAUUUUAGGCAAAUGUGACCCGACUGAUAUUCAGCAAGCCCCGCCCAACACCGACUGGCGUUUCUCUCAAGCCCAGAGACCCGGCACAAGCGGCUCCCAAAAUGGUGAUGAAACCGGCACCUGGCCCAACAACCAGUUUGAUACAGAGAUGCUGCAAGCCAUGAUCUUGGCCUCUGCCAGUGAAGCUGCUGAUGGGAGCUCCACCUUAGGAGGGGGCGCUGGCACUAUGGGCUUGAGUGCUCGCUAUGGACCCCAGUUCACCCUGCAGCAUGUGCCCGACUACCGCCAGAAUGUGUACAUCCCUGGCAGCAAUGCCACACUGACCAAUGCAGCUGGCAAGCGAGAUGGCAAGGCUCCAGCAGGCGGUAAUGGCAACAAAAAGAAGUCCGGCAAGAAAGAGAAGAAGUAAUAUGGAGGCCAGACCUUGAGUCACAGGGCAGCCUCCCUCCCCAGCCAGUCCAGCUUGUCCUUACUUGUACCCAGGCCUCAGAAUUUCAGGGCUCACCCCAGGAUACUGGUAGGAGCCAAGGCCAUGCUCCCCCGUUGGGAAACAGAAACAAGUGCCCAAGUCAACACCCCCUCUCUGUGCCCUAGGGGGUUGAAUAUGCAAAGAGAGUUCUGCUGGGAACCCCUAUCCAUCCAAUCAGUGAUUGCCCCCACAUGGGUAGUAGGGUUAGUGUGGAAAACCCUGCCACACUCCCUUAGUCACAGCUGAACUCCUCCACCUUCCAACUCAGUCAGGCUCAUUCAUCUCCUGCCCUCCUCCCCACCCCACCCAACUCCUUCAGUCCCUCUCUUGAGCAAGGGCUGUUGAGGGGACAGGUGACCUAAGCAGGCUCCUAGUUCCGAAUUGUUGGGAGAAUAUCACAACCUUUUGGCCUCUCCUUCAGUUCAGCUUCUCCCCAAAGCAUGGUUUGGUACCAGUCUUCUCAUUUCCUUCUAGAGCUCGAGACUAGUGCUUAAGUUUAGGGGGACAGUCACCAUCCCCCUGGUAUUGAUGUUUGCUGGGUUUUGGGAAGGCAUUUUGCUACCAAGUCUCUUUUCAACGCCUGGGGACCAGUCUUUUGUGUUUCACUGUUUGAUGUUCCCACUGCAUGCUGUGACUCCCCUGCUCCUCAAAGAAGAGACUCCUUUGCAUGUCUGGAGACAGUAGGGGGUGGGAAGCUACAGGGAAGUUGAGUGUGGGGCAGGGGACAAAACAGCCAGCCCGCUAACAGGGUGUGCGGGCUCUGUGUGUACCCAGGGUACGCCCAAUCCCCCAAUUCUAGCCAUAGACAAACACCAGGUCAGACCCCUCCACCCUGGUCCAGCCUGGGCUGAGCCACCAGGACCAGUGAGUGGAUUUAAGCUGGCAUUUCAGUCCAAGAAGACUUCCAAGUGGUUUUAGGACCAGAGAAGAAAGAGGAGCCUCUGUGGGUGCUGGGUACUCCAGAGGUGUCCCUGGUAAAAGGGUCAGUGGUCCUAGCAGGAAAGGAGACCAGGCAAGGCCAUUCUUGGCCCCUGGGUUGAGUCAAGGAGCUUGAACAAGGGAUCAAGUGGCCAUAAAGUCUCAGCCAACGGUGGGGCUUCUCCACUGGGCCCCUGUAGUUCUCAAGCCCCUGGUCUCCACCUUACCAGGUGCCAUUUCUUCUCAGAAGGCCUCUGCCCAGGCCCCAGGCCGCCCCUUCGUGGCCAGAGACUGGUUAAAGCCCCCCAGUGCCUCCUUGUGCAUAGAACUUCCUCUGCCCACCCUCCUCUGACCCCGGCCCUUACAGUAGUAUAGAAGCCCCCCUACCCCCACCCCCGGCUGGUGUAGAAUAGCCAAUAGUGUAGUGUGGUGUGCUUUUACGUGAUGGCGAAGUGGGCAGCGGGCGGUGGGCUGUGCACAGCCGUCUGUCCUUGAAUCUCAAUCUGCCUGCGCAGGCCUGUGCUGUGUUUUGUGCUGUGUCCGCAAUGCUGCGGCGACCCCUCCCUGUACUGACUCCUCUAUAAAAAGCUUCUCUUCGCAUAGUCAUGUAGCUCCUGCCCAUCCCCCUUCUGAUAUCUCUCGCAAGUUUUAUACUCUAAUAUUUAUAUGGCUUUUUUCUUCGAAAAUUAAAAAUUAAAAAAAAAGGUUUCUUCUGAAAGUUUGACUGCAUCUGAGAUGGAG